AUGCUGCGAGAAGGUGCCAGCCUGGCAGCCUGCACGCUAUUGGUCGAAACCGGGCGGCUGACUGUGGGGUUUGGGGCGGCAGUAACGGCCAAGGGGCUGGCUGCAAAGGCGCCGGAUCAGACAAGUGGGACGCCGACCGAUGGGAAGGGGUCGGGCGGCGGGUACGGUGGGCGAGGAGCGUCUUGUAGCGUGAACAGUGCCAUGCACAGGAGCAUGAACAGUGGCAAUGCGGGCGGCAGGAGCGGCAGGAGCGGCAGCAGCGGCAGGGGUGGCGUGGGCGGAGGGAACAGUGCUAUGGGGGAGAGCGGGGGCGGAGGCGGAUGGGGGGCGGAGGCGGAAUCAUGGGGGGGAGAUGCGUAUGCCUGGUCUACCCUCACAGAUCCCUGGAAAACGGGUAGCAAGGGGGGAGCGUUGGGGGAGGCGGAUGGGGGGGGGCUGGGGGGAGGGCGAGUGCGCAUUGUGGUGCGGGGGGAUGUGGUGGUGGAGGGGCGGAUAGACGCGGAUGGGGGGGAUGCACAGAUGGGCAGCAUGGGGAGGCUUGGGGGGGGAGGGUCCGGUGGGAGUGUGUUUGUUAAUGCCUCGUCAAUCCAAGGCACUGGGCGCAUCUGCGCCAAUGGGGGGAAGGGACACGGGGGAGGCGCAGGGGGGCGCGUGGCCAUCCAAUACCAGCCCCCCCCAACUUCCCGCUCCCCCUCCCCCUCCUCCCCGUCCCCUUCCGCCUCCCCCUCCCCCUCAUCCGCCCUCUCCCCCGCCCUAUACAUCCAAGCCACUGGGGGACCCAGUGAGGCCUGCCCUUAUAACGCAGGCUCAGCUGGAACAGUCUUCAACUGGGCCAAACAAACCCUCGUUAUAGGAAACUCCAACCAGCCCUCGCACACCUUCACACCGCUCUUCACUGUGCCGCUGUACCCCUACUGGGACGGCAUUAUAGUGGAAGGGGGGGCCAAAGUCGUCGCUCUCACCCGAAACUUCCGCCUCCGAAUCCGAUCCUGCGUGUGGUUCCGAGAAGGUUCCAGUGUGCUGUUUGGAAGCAGCACGGGGGGAGGGGGGGGCGGAGGGGGCGGAGGGGGAGAUCAGCCGGCGCCAUCUCCACCGUUGGAUCCUGAUGAGGCGGAGGUGGAGGUGGUGGUGGCGAAUCUGACACUCACGAAUGCGACUCUGGAGGUGUAUGGGACGAUCAAGGUCUUCGCCUCGCACUUCAACCUGCACUCCACCUCCUCUCUGCGCAUACACCAGCUCGCUGGUGCUGCUGCUGCUGCUGCUUGCACGGCUCGCCAGCUCAGUGGUGGUGAUGGCAGCGGUAGCAGCAACGGCAGUGGUGGCAGUGAGAGUGGCAGAACUAGCAGUAGCAGCAGCAAGGGGAGGCGAGGGGCCAACGGGAGGAAGCCGCAUAAGAGCGGACUAUCCAUGGGAUUUUCAAGCAUUGAUGGCAACUACCUCUCCCUUACUGGCGGUUCCUCCCUGGUCAGCUCGGGUCACGUGUGGCUGCACGGACAGAACGAGCUGGCUCUGGGCGGCAGGAGCCUGCUAACCGCCAAAAAGCUCCUCAUCUCCAUGUUCAUCGCUGUCCGGGUUCUGGGCGGCAGCCGGAUUGCCGCCCCUCUCUCUCACGCCGCCCUCCUCCACCUCCAGUCACUCUCUGAGGGCGGCAGCAGCAAUCCAAACUACUACUCACUACUACAGCCGGAUUUUCCUCUACAGCCAGACUCCCCGCUACAGCCGAGCGUCUCUCUGGUACAGCGGCAGCCAAACAGUGGCAAGGUGACAAGUGGGCGCUGGGGCAGUAACUUUUCCUCCUCCUCUUCCUCCUCCUAUUCUGCGGUGGCGUCACAGUAUGGGGGGUUUGCAGUGCAGACAGGUGACCUGCCGUACUGUCAUGUGGAGGAGUGUCCGUCCAGUGUGGUGCAGCCCAACCACGACUGCAGCAGCGAGGAUGAAUCUCCCUUCUCCCUCCAUGUCUGUCGUCUCGACAGCCUGUACGUGCAAGGGGCGAUGGAGGGGGCAUUGGUGCGCAUAGAUGCCUCCUCCUCUCUGGUCAUCGACCACCGAGCCUCUAUCUCUGCCUCGGGCCUUGGGGCAAUGGAGGGGGCGUUGGUGCGCAUAGAUGCCUCCUCCUCACUUGUCAUCGACCACCGAGCCUCUAUCUCUGCGUCUGGCCUUGGUUGCUUGCCAGGUCAUGGCAUAGAGCAUGGCGAGGAGGACGCGCUGCGCCAGCCGGGGGGAGUGGAGGAGGGGGGCAUCGGGGAAUUGUUGAUUUUGAGAAUUCUUGGGCCCUCCUUGUCCCCUCCUUGUCCCCUCCGUGUCCCCUCCUUGUCCCCUCCUUGUCCCCUCCUUGUCCCCUCCUUGUCCCCUCCUUGUCCCCUCCUUGUCCCCUCCUUGUCCCCUCCUUGUCCCCUCCUUGUCCCCUCCUUGUCCCCUCCUUGUCCCCUCCUUGUCCCCUCCUUGUCCCCUCCUUGUCCCCUCCUUGUCCCCUCCUUGUCCCCUCCUUGUCCCCUCCUUGUCCCCUCCUUGUCCCCUCCUUAUCCCCUCCUUAUCCCCUCCUUGUCCCCUCCUUAUCCCCUCCUUGUCCCCUCCUUGUCCCCUUCUGGGCCCUGUACACUAGGUUGCCUGCUGGGCCAUGGAGUGGGGCAUGGCAUGGCAGCGACACACCAGCAGCGGGUAAUGGAGGAGAGGGGGGCAUGGGGGAAAGAACGCCUCUCUUUCUCCUCUCGCUCACCUUCCUGUCUGCCUUCCUGUGCUCAACCCCCUUUUUCCUUCCCUCUAGGUUGCCUGCCGGGCCAUGGGGUAGGGCAUGGCAGGGAUGCACCAGCAGGGGGAAGCGGAGGAGGGGGGCAUGGGAAGACGAAGGGCUCUUUCUUUGCUCUUUCUCACUCUACUUUUCCCCCGCUCCCACCAGGUUGCCCGCCGGGCCAUGGCGUGGGGCAUGGCAGGGACGCACCAGCCGGGGGGAGUGGAGGAGGGGGGCAUGGGGGAAAGAAAGACCCUUUUUCUCCUCUCUCUCACCUUCCUGUCUGCCCGCCCUUCCAUGCUCAACCCCUUUUUGUUUUCCCACCAGGUUGCCCGCCGGGCCAUGGCGUGGGGCAUGGCAGGGACGCACCAGCAGGGGGCAGUGGCGGAGGAGGGCAUGGGGGCAAGGGCGGUGCCGGCCAUUUCAACGGGUCCCGGGCGGCAGGAGGCGCUGCAUACGGACGAACGAUGCCGCCCUGCAGUGUCGGGAGUGGGGGUGGGCUGGGGCCGGAGGGUCGGGGGAACAGCGGAGGCGGGCUGAUAGGUGGGUGGGGUGAUAAGUGGGUGAAAGCGCUGUGCCCUGUGGCUCGCCUGGAGCUCUGGGCGGCUCUCUGGCAGCAGGUGUUCGCGUUGAGCCUUAUUUUCUCAUUUUCUUCCCAUCUGCUCUCCGCUUUCCUCCCUUUUCGCCGUUUCCCCCCCAGUGUUGGGCCCUGUGGCUCGCUUGGAGCUCUGGAGCAGCUCUCUGGCAGCAGACGGCUCGUUUCUCAACACGCGUACUUACUGGGUCCUGUGGCUCGUCUGGAGCUGUGGGGCGGCUCUCUGGCAGCAGACGGCUCGUUUCUCAACACACGCACUGUAGGGGGCGAAGGGAUGGGAUUGGGGAUGGGAGGAGGAGGAGUGAGGGGCGGAGAAAGGAGAGUGGGGAGCGGAGGAGCAGGAUUGGAGGGCAAGGAAGUGGGAAUGACAGGCGGAAGCGAGGAAGUGGGAAGCGGAGGGGUGGGAGGAGGGGCAGGGGGAACAGUGGUGAUUCAUGCAGCUUACCUGAACAUGACUCGUGGGUCUGUGAUAUCGGCUGCAGGGGGGCAGGGGCAUUCGGUGGGGGGAGGUGGAGGGGGCGGAGGGAAGGUGUACUUUGCAUGGCAAAACCUGGAGCGGACGCGAGGGGAUGAGUACACCCCUCGUGCUACUAUCGAGGGGAACUGGACUGACGUUAUUAGAACAAGUGGAGGGCAGGGAAGCUACGAGGGGGAGGAUGGCGAGGCGGGACUGACAGGAUCAGCAGACUGCCCACCGGGGCUCGUGGGGCUGUUGUGUGAGGAGUGUCCUGUGGGCACCUUCAAGAGCCAGUCCGGAUCUGACCCCUCUCUCUGCCUGCGCUGCCCGCUUGACCUCCUGCCACACCAUGCUGAAUUCACCUACAAGCGAGGCGGCGCCAGUGCCACUCCCUGCCCCUACCGCUGUCUCUCCUCGCACUUCUCCCUGCCCCACUGCGACACACCAAUGGAAGGUCUAAUCCGCGACCUGGGCGGGCCCUGGGUGUUCGCGCUGGCAUGCACGCUCUCUGUGCUGCUGCUGGGCUUUGCGAUCACUCUCGCGCGCGCCAGGCUGCUGCUGGCAGGGGACGACCUGGCCCAGCCGCAGACGAGGGACUCUGAUGUGUCCUCCCAUAUGGACCACUCCCUGCCUUUUCUGGAGUCUCUGAACGAGGUGAUGGAGAAUACGAGGGUAGAAGAAGCAGCCUCACACGUCCACCGAGUCUUUUUCUGCGGAGACAACUCCUUCUCGCACCCGCUGCACCUCCCACACUCCCCGCCGCGCGCAAUCUCCGAUCUCGUAUACGAAGACUCAUACAACCGUCUCGUAGACGAGGUUAACGCCAUUGCGUGCUACCGGUGGUGGGAGGGGUGUGUGCACUCGCUGCUGGCGCUGCUCGCGCUGCCGUUUGCGUGGUCGUGGCAGCAGUGGCGGCGCCGCCUGGUGGUGCAGCGGCUGCGGGAGUUUGUUCACACGCGCUACGACCACUCGUGUCUGCGCUCCUGCCGCUCCCGCGCGCUAUACGAAGGGCUCAAGGUGUCAGCUACCCCAUAUCUAGUCCUCGGCUACAUGGACGUGUGUCUUGUCUCCGCCUCUCACCCCCUGGUACCCCCUGGUACCCCCUGGUACCUCUGGUAUCUCCAAACCAAAUGCCACCUCCCCCAGGUGUCAGCUACCCCGGAUCUAGUCCUGGGCUACAUGGACGUGUUUCUGGGCGGCGACGAGAUGGCCACGCACAUGCUGCCGAGCUUCGCCGACCGCCUGCCACUGCUGCUGGUGCUGGGCGGCAACGGCUCGUACAUGGCGCCGUACCAUCUCUUCACCGACGACCUUCUCACCAACAUCAUCUCCCAGGCCAUCCCCCCCACAGUGUGGUACCGCCUGGUAGCAGGGCUGAACGCCCACCUCCGCACUGUCAGCCACGGCUCCCUGCAGAGGUCUUUGAAACCACUGCUGCGUUGGCUGUGCACGCAUGUCAACCCCUCGCUGGAAGCCCACGGCGUGUCAGCACACCUCGCCUGGCUGCAGGUGCGCCCUGGUUGCUGCAGGUGCGCCCUGGUUGCUGCAGGUGCGCCCUGGUUGCUGCAGGUGCGCCCCUGGUUGCUGCAGGUGCGCCCCUGGUUGCUGCAGGUGCGCCCCUGGUUGCUGCAGGUGCGCCCCUUGCUUUGCUCCUCAUCCUUGUCUUGCCCUUUCAUCUGGUCUCGCCCACUGCAUCCCGAGCUGCGCUGCCUGUGCAUGCACGUCAACCACCCACUAAAAGCCCACGACGCGUCCGCCGCACACCUCGCCUGGCUACAGGUGCCCUGCCCUUCUCCUCCUAUCCUACUCUCUGUAUCCGCACUGCAGUCGCUGCCAUGUAAAGUCACUCCUUCCUCCCUUCUCUCCAUCAGUUUCUGUCCAUCGGUUUCUCUCCAUCGGUUUCUCUCCAUCAGUUUCUCUCCAUCAGUUUCUCUCCAUCAGUUUCUCUCCAUCAGUUUCUCUCCAUCAGUUUCUCUCCAUCAGUUUCUCUCCAUCAGUUUCUCUCCAUCAGUUUCUCUCCAUCAUUUUCACUCCAUCAGUUUCUCUCCAUCAGUUCCUCUCCGUCAGUUUCUCUCCAUCAGUUUCUCUCCAUCAGUUUCUCUCCAUCAGUUUCUCUCCUUCAGUUUCUCUCCAUCACUUUAUCUACAUCACUUUCUCUCCAUCAGUUUCUCUUCUUCAGCAAUGACUACCUCCCCUCUUCCCUCUCCAUUUCCCGUCCCUCCCUCUCUCCCGCUUCCUGCACCCACCUGUCCCCCACACCAGGAUAAUCCAGCUCGCCCUCCAACAUCAGCCAGCAUAAUCCAGCUCGCUCUGUGUCUCGACCACCCUGAGAGCACCGAUCAUUGCAAUGACUAUCUCCCUUCUUCUUCAGCUGCUGCUGCUGCUGCUGCCGAUACUGCCGGCCACUUCUCUGCUCCGAGCCUCACCUCCUUUGCUUCAGCAGCUGCGCCGAACCUGGCCAGCUUCGGCAGCAGCUUCGGGAGCAGUCGGCUGGGUGGGUUCGGUGGUUCGGACACAGGAUGGGGAAGGCCGGUAGAGAGAACGAGACCCGGAGGCUCUGUUUCUGCAUUGCCAUCUCCUCGCACUGCCACUCUUUCCCAUUCCGCUCUUCCUCCUGCGGCACUUCCCUCCUCUGCCUUUGCUCCUGUCUCUUUGCUUUCCUCGCACGCUCAGGCCUUGUUCGAACAUCGACCGUCCCUCUCAAUCCUCCCCUCUGCCGAGCCUACUCCCGGUCCUGCUGGCUCGGCUCACUUUGCUCCCAGGUUCGACACAGGCUCGGGAAGCGGUCUGGCAAGAAGCAUCCACGGCUCGAUUCCUGAGAAUCUCUCUUUGCUAAGUGACAAGGACACAAGAAGGGGCGGCGAGAGGAGGGAAGUGGAGCGGCAGAUUUCGUCAGUUUCUGCAGGGUUGCUGUGGCAGGCGGCGGGGGGGCGGGUGGGGAAGAGGCAGCAGGGGGGGUUGAUAGACGCACAGGUGCUGCAGCGGCUGGAUGGGGGGCGAGGGCUCUGCCUACCUGGCUGUGGGUUGCUGCUGCGGAACACUCUGCCUGUUGGCCAUGAUGCAGCAGUGGGACUAGCCAUGUCUAUGCUGCUCCUGGCGGACCUCUGUCUCUUCCUCCUCUGCCUGCUGCAAUCCUACAGCACCUCCCUCCUCGCCUUCGCUCUCAUGCUCUUUGUCCUGCCGCUCGCGCCGCUCUUCUCAGCAGCAGCGGGGCUGAAUGCCCUCUUUGCCCACGGGGCGAGGGGGGGAGCGGGGCUGGGGAGGGUGUAUGGGCUGUGGAACGUCACUUCCCUUGCCAACGGGGUGGUUGCUGUGACCCUGGGAGUGUUUCAUGUAUGGCAAACUUACAAGGGCACUCCCUCAGGUGCUCCUCCCAGGGAGUCAGCAGCAGCAGAGGAGUUCACGUGGCUGCUGUUCCCAGCCAUGUUUGUGGCAUGUAAGUUGGCUCAAGCACGAGUUAUAGACCGCCAUGUGGCAAAUCUGGAGAUUCAGGAUCGCACCCUGCUGGCGGAGGACCCGACCGUCUUUUGGGAGGCGUAA